UCGGAUUAAUUGUAGGUGGCAAUAUCAUGACUUGCAAAAAUUAUCAUUCCCUUUGUCAGGAUUCUCUGUUUUACUUCGCCCAGGCACUGACAGUAUUGGGCUGGAGUCGGUUGUCCGACAACAUUGGACGCAAGCCAGUGUUAUUAAUCGGACUAACAGGAGCUUGCAUUUCGAUGAUAUGUUUCGGCUUUUCGACAACCUUCUGGAGCCUAGUCAUGAGCCGCUGCAUGUGGGGAGUAUUGAAUGGCAACAUUGGAGUCAUGAAGACUGUGAUGGGUGAAUUGACGGACUCUACGAAUAUGGCUCAGGGAUUUGCCUUGAUUCCGAUCAUGUGGUCAAUUGGAAGUUCCGCUGGCCCUUUGAUGGGGGGAAUGCUGGCGCGGCCACAGGAUCACUGGCCUAAAUUAUUUAUCAAUCCAUUUUGGGGAAAAUACCCGUACUUUCUUGCUUGUGUAUUGUCUGCUUCUCCGCUCCUCUUGGCCUUUUUCAUGCUGUUACACUUCUUUGAAGAAACAUUAUCAAGCAAACGUCGACCAAGGUCGACAUUAGCCACGCCCAGUGUUUCUCACGGCGCCGAUGAUCAGGAAGCGUUUGUGCAACAAUCUACGACAGAUCCGCUCUUGCUGUCUCUGCUCACACCUACCAUUGUUAUUCCGAUCGCAAGCUACGCUAUGUUGUCCUUUCUUGACACGUCUUUCAGGGCUCUCAUACCGCUGUUCCUUUCCACGCCCACCCACCUUGGCGGCAUGGGUCUUACUCCUUCUUCUAUUGGUUUGUGGCUGGGGUUCUCUGGGAUCGUAGAUGGACUCUUUCAGGCAUUGUUCUUGGCCAGAAUUGUUGAUUGGGUUGGUCCCAAGCAUCUAUUCUGUGUAUCAGCGUCGUGCUUCACACCGCUUAUGGUCGCGUUUCCGAUAAUGUCGUGGCUGGUACACACAAGGGGGAUGGUUGAUCAUGCAAUUAUGUAUGCCUUGCUUGGCCAGCUUAUUCUGACAGUGACGUGGGAUAUGGCAUUUG